AUGGGGCCAUGUGCUGUUGAAGAGCUUGCCGAUCACGGGCCAACUCCUAGUAAAAGCUCCCGAGCUGCAACUGCCGGGAAACAGACGGCUUUUCGCAGUGGAGACCCAACAGCCGCCCUGGCAGAGAUCAGUGACGCCGAAGUCACGGGCCCUCCAUUCUUUGAGAGCCUGACCAAAGCGAGAGCCUACUUCAAGCACCGGCUUGCGAUUGCCUUUCGCAUCUUUGCCAAACUUGGCUUUUGUGAGGGCGUGGCUGGCCACAUCACUUGUCGUGAUCCCAUCGAUCCGACUUCUUUCUGGGUCAACCCUUUCGGCCUUCACUUUUCGUUAAUCAACGACGACGAUCUCUUGCGGGUGAGCGAGGAUGGAAAGGUGCUUGAAGGCGGGAGGAAUCGAAGACUGAACCUUGCCGCAUAUACGAUCCACGCCGAGCUGCACCGGGCCCGACCGGACGUCAUGUGCGCCGCGCACGCCCACACCGUCUACGGACGCGCCAUGUGCAGCACCGGCCGGCCGCUGCGGAUGCUGACGCAGGACUUUUGCGUCUUUUGGCGGGAUGUGGUACUGUACGAGAACUUUGGCGGCGUCGUCUUGGCCGCUGAAGAGGGCCGCGCCAUCGCCUCUGCCCUGGGCGGCAGGAAGGCGGCCCUGCUCGCCAACCACGGCUUGCUGGUGGCCGGGCCGAGCAUCGAAGCGACUGUCGCUUGGUUCGCGAUGCUCGAAAAGUGCUGCCAGGUGCAACUGCUGGCAGAGGCGGCCGUGGGCGGCGGGGCGGCGUAUGGAAGCGGCGACGUCGUAACGAUCGGGGAUGAGGAGGCGCAGGCGACCUGGGAGGUGGUGGGUUCGGGAGAGCAUGGCUACUUCAUGGGCCUGCCGCUGUUCCAAGUGGGCGAAAAGGAGUUUGGGGAGGCUACUCACAUGGGCAGGGGGAUGGAGCCGCGUUGA